AUGAUAUCUCGGAGCACAGUAGCAAUCGUCAGCAUGGUGCUAUCUGCAUUUUGGGUGCGGUGUCAGGGAGCCGGAUUAGCAGUGGAAGCACAUGUUAAGCUCAUUGAUGAGACAGUUUGCGUGCAGUUAAAAAAUCUCUGCCCAAAGAUCACAUCAGCUGCAGAAGAUCUCAAAGCGUUGGAGUGCGUCCAAUCACUGCAUCCGGAACAGAUAGACAGUCUCGAGCCAGAAUGUCAGCAUUUGAUCUGGUCACAAACAUCCGCACUGAUGGACGACGCAAACCUAAAGCGCAUCAUACAAAAGGGUUGUCCGAAAGACUACCAACAGUUUCCCUGCAAACCAAACGAAGAGCCGGGCCAGUAUCUGGCCUGCAUUAUCGAUCACCGGAACAUUGCGAAGGGUAACGGUUGUAUCGUUCACAUCCAGCGAUUGGAAUGGGUCGCCUUCUCGGAUUAUCGGUUAAUCAAACAAUUUCUAACGCACUGUACACGUGACAUUGAAGCAUUGGGUUGUGGUCGCGUUGCGGUCGGUAACGACCGUGAGAAGGUGUCCCAGGGCGAAACGGUGGCCUGUCUGCAGAGCUCGCUGGAUAAUUUGAAUGAGGACUGUAAGCGAGAGGUUCUUCACCUGUCUGAGCUGCAGUCAGAGGACUUUAAGCUUGAUCGACAACUGCACGUUGCGUGCGCAAACGAUGCAUUUCGCUUUUGUCAGUCUACUACGUCCGGUCCACCAACGCUGUUCAAGUGUCUCAUGAAGCAUCGUAACGAUCCGGACAUGUCUAAAGCCUGUCAGCAGCAGCUAUUGCGACGCGAUCGGCUCGUUGUGCAUGACUACAAGGUGUCGAGAGGCCUUGCCCGCGCCUGCAAGGAGGAUAUCAAAACUUACCGUUGUCGGCGUGGCGUCUCUGAUGACAAAGACGUUCGCUUGGCACAGAUUCUGCUGUGCCUCGAGGCGGUACAGAAGAACAGUACCAAGCUAAUGCCGGAAUGCGUGGCGGAAAUCAACGACCAUCGCAAGAUGCUGCUGACGGACUAUAAGCUUUCACCCGAAAUUCUAACGGGUUGCGAGAAUGACAUCGAAAAGUUUUGCAGCAAUCUAGAUGCGGGAGGCAAAACUAUACACUGUCUUAUGGAGCAUGCUCGGCUGAAGAAGAAAAAAGACCGGCGAGUUUCCGACAUGUGUCUGCGGGCACUGGAAACAUUGGUUAAGGUUACAGACGUCGGAGAGGACUGGCGUGUGGAUCCUGUGCUGCGCAAAGCCUGCAAACCCGUAGUGGAUGUGGCCUGUUCCGACACGGAUGGUGGCGAUGCGAGAGUCAUGUCCUGUCUGAUGGAGAAACUCGGCACCAACUACAUGAAUAUGGAGUGCGAGUCGGCGUUACUGCAAAUUCAGUACUUUGUAGCUAGGGAUUUCAAGCUAGAUCCGCAACUUUAUCGUAACUGCAAGGAUGAUGCCAUCAGAUUUUGUAAGGCGAAAAAAACGUGGGCUGAUCUAGAUACGGCACAGAUGGACCCAGAACGAGGACCCCUGAUACUGCCCUGUCUGCAUCGAUACGCCUAUCCGGAGAAAGAGGAAAUGCGCCUCAAGCCCGAGUGCCUGCAGGAGGUGAAGCGUGUGAUGCGCCAGCGUGCAAAAUCCGUCGAUCUCAUACCGGAGGUAGAAGAUCAAUGUCUUGAUGAUUUGGCAUACUUCUGCUUCGACAAAACGGGGAAAGGCGAGGAGAUGCAGUGUCUGCAGGACAACCUCGAGAAAUUGCAAGAGCCUUGCAAGGUGGCUGUCGUUCGUUACACCGAGGACGAAGCAGCGCACGUCGAAUUGAAUCCAAUCAUCAUGUCCGUGUGUGCCGAUGCAAUGGAUAAACACUGCGCGUCCAUCCUGAAAACGGGGCGGGAUGAGGGCGAUAUGAUGGAGUGUCUAAUUGGUGCUAAAAAUGACCCCGACAUGCGCGAGGACGUGAAAUGUCGAGCGGCUAUUGAGCAUUUUCAGAUUAUUUCGCUGAAAAAUUUCCAUUUUACGUACAAAUUUAAGGAAGCAUGUCGAUUGCACGUGUCCCGCUUCUGUAGCAAGUGUACGACAAAGUACGAAGUGGUGGCCUGUUUGAGCGAGGUGAUGCGCAACGACACGAUUAAGGAGGCUAAGCAUUCGAUUCCCAAGGAAUGCCGGCAGCAAGUCCGUGCGCAGCUCUAUCAGCAACGCGAAAACAUCGACUUCGAUCCGAAACUCAAAGCCGCCUGUAAGGAGGAUAUUUCGCGCCAUUGUCCACAGAUACCGCAUGGAUCCGGGCAGGUGAAUACGAACAAUGUAUUGGAGUGUUUGCAAACGCACCACGGCGAUUUAACGGAAGCGUGCCAUCACCAGUUGUUUUCAAUAAAAAAAUCUGAACUGUCGGACAGUGCCACAGAUUACACGUUGCUAAACACCUGCAAGGAGAUGAUUCGCCAGUAUUGCCACGACACGGAACCUGCCAAGAUGCUGCAAUGCCUAAAAAUGCACAAGGACGAAUCAUUGUUUGACGACCGGUGCCAUCUGGUAGUAGUGAAUCGGAUGAUCGAACAAAAUCUAGACUAUCGGUUUAACCCAGCUUUGCAGGCGGCAUGUUCGAAAAACAUUGCCGAACACUGCACCGUCAUUAUUCGAAAUGCAAAACAGAACGAAGAAUUAAACGGCAAGGUGAUUGACUGCCUGAAGAUCCGGUUUCGCGAGGGCAAGCUGCUUCCAGAGUGCGAAAAACAGAUGACAGAGGUGCUGCACGAGCGAGCACUGAAUUAUAAGCUGAAUCCCUUGAUGCAAAGCGUGUGUCACGACGAGAUCCAAGUGCUUUGCAACUCUGUAGCUGAAACGGAUGGAACCGAGGAUCACGGGGCGGUCGAGGAAUGUCUAAAGCAGGCUUUCAUCGACAAGAAGCUUAUCAAUCGCGCGUGCAAGGUGGAGGUGGCUGAACUUAUACAAGAGGGUAAAGCGGAUAUCUACGCCGAUCCGCUGCUUCAGCGGGCCUGCUCAGUGGAUUUGCUGAAGUACUGCUCCCACAUUCAGAGCGGCAGUGGACGAUUAUUGAAAUGUCUAGAAGGAAUUCUUCAAGGAGAAAGCAAGGCAUUAGAGGACGACUGCAAAAACAAAUUAUUGUCUCGUUUGGAAAUGUUCCGCAAUGCUGCAGCAUUCGUACCUCCUGCAGAAAGCUUCCAUCAAUUAUACGAUCAAGUUGUUGCAUCACCUUCUAAACACUACUUUAUGCUUGUUUUGUUUAGUUUUAUUGGAAUCAUUUUCAUUAUUGGCUUACUGUGUGGCCGUGUAACGCGUCGAACGAUGGCACUUAAGAACAAAUAGUCUGCUUUGUAGUAUUGCUUACCACUCCCCGGGUAACCAAGUGGUUAGAUUGUUUUUAUUUUAUUAUCCAUUUCAAAAUCGUGACUGUGUUAUUUGUAUGUUAAGCAGAGCAAAGGCUAUUGCAGAGAAAAUGCCCACCCAAUCCAAACGAGUGCAUUGGGGCAGUUCAAUGCUUCUUUUUUUCUUUUUCAAUCGGUAUAUAGCAGAUCACCAAAUGCUUCUAGUGCACUUCCCGAACAAUCUUAAAAGUUUCUUCAAUAUCCGCGAGAGUGAUAACAUCUUUUCUUCCCACGAAUUGGCGACAGCGGGGAACCAGAAAAGCCAGUUAGUGUAUGUAUUAUAUUAGUUAGCAUAUUCGUAGUAGAAGAUUGUCAAAAGAUGGCGUUUUAUAUAAAAGUGAAGCAAAUGCACUAUCUUAAAAAUGGACAAACAUACCCGUUGAAAGCAGUUGUGAAAAAAACGCUAGCCAGCAACUAAAAUAUGGAGAAAUUAGUCAGAGAAACAGUUAGACAGUGAAGUGAAUGCAGAACGCAUAGUAAUAACAUUAGGGAAAUUGUACGAAAAACUACGUUGUAGAAAAGACUUUUUAUACAUUAUAUCUCUAUUUGAGGUGAACGAAAUGAAUACUGUUGGAAAAGCGAACAUUUACUUCAAAAACAAAAUGUACACAUUUGUACUGUUAUAUG